AUGACGGACGCUAAGAUGCAAGUGGACAACCCACAGGAAACUGUGGAGGCGAUCAAGCACGGGGAGAUCGACGAGUCUCUUUAUAGUCGGCAGCUGUACGUGCUUGGUCAUGAAGCUAUGAAGCGUAUGGGCUCUUCGAAUGUCCUCAUUGUCGGAUUGAAGGGUCUGGGUGUUGAGAUUGCCAAGAACAUUGCCCUCGCUGGUGUCAAGUCCCUUACCCUCUACGACCCCGCUCCCGUUGCCAUCUCAGACCUCUCCUCCCAGUUCUUCCUGCAGCCCCAAGAUGUCGGCAAGCCGCGCGCCGAAGCGACUGCUCCAAGAGUAGCGGAACUGAACUCCUAUGUCCCCGUCACGGUCCACGGAGGCGGAAAGCUCUCAGACAACCUCGAACAACUUAAGCGUUACCAAGCGGUGGUUCUCACCUUGACGCCUCUGAAGGAGCAGCUUGCGAUUGCCGACUUCUGCCACAAGAACGGUAUCUACCUCACGAUCACAGACACGUUUGGUCUUUUUGGAUACCUCUUCAAUGAUUUCGGAAAGAACUUCACCGUCGGCGAUCCCACCGGUGAAGAACCCGUGAGCGGAAUCGUGGCGGACAUUGCUGAGGAUGGUCUGGUGUCAGCAUUGGAUGAGAGCAGACACGGUCUUGAAGAUGGAGACUUCGUAACGUUUACCGAAGUCAAGGGUUUAGAGGGCUUGAACAGCUCUAAUCCUCGGAAGGUGACCGUCAAGGGCCCCUACACGUUCAGCAUCGGUGAUGUUUCCGGCCUUGGCUCGUACCAGGGCGGCGGUAUCUUUACGCAAGUCAAGAUGCCCAGAUUUGUCGACUUUGAGUCGCUUGAUCAGCAAAUCAAGAAGCCGGAACUCAUGGUUUCCGACUUCGCCAAAUUCGAUCGGCCGCAGCAGCUGCAUAUUGGUAUCCAAGCCCUGCAUAAAUUCGCAGAAAACCAUGAUGGCCAACUUCCUCGUCCUCACAACGAGAGUGACGCUCAGGAGGUUAUCAAGAUCGCAAAUGAUCUUGCAUCAAGCCAGGAGGAGAAGGUGGAAUUGGAUGACAAGGUUAUCAAAGAACUGGCCUAUCAAGCCCGUGGUGACCUGAAUCCCUUGGCUGCGUUGUUUGGAGGUCUUGUUGCCCAGGAAAUCCUCAAGGCUGUGUCAGGCAAAUUCAACCCAGUUAGUCAAUGGCUCUACUUUGACUCUUUAGAGUCGCUCCCUGCGUCUAUUACUCGGUCCGAAGAGAGCUGCAAGCCGCUUGGAACCCGCUAUGAUGGACAGAUCGCCGUUUUUGGAAAGGAAUUCCAGGAGAAGAUUGCCAAUACCAAGCAGUUUCUUGUUGGCGCAGGAGCUAUCGGUUGCGAAACCUUGAAGAACUGGGCCAUGCAGGGUUUGGGAACUGGUCCCAACGGCAAAGUCUUUGUUACUGAUAUGGAUCAAAUCGAGAAGAGCAACCUCAACCGGCAAUUCCUUUUCCGUACUAAGGAUGUCGGAAGAUUGAAGAGUGAAUGCGCUUCUGCUGCCGUGCAGGCCAUGAACCCUGAGCUGGAAGGGAAGAUCGUUACACUCCGGGACCGUGUUGGACCAGACACCGAACACAUCUUCAACGAAGAAUUCUGGGAGGGCCUCGACGGCAUUACCAAUGCUCUGGAUAACGUCGACGCAAGAACCUACGUUGACCGUCGCUGCGUCUUCUUCCGGAAGCCCCUGCUCGAGAGUGGAACCCUUGGCACCAAGGGCAACACUCAGGUUGUCCUUCCCCGGAUCACCGAAUCCUAUUCAAGCUCCCAGGACCCUCCGGAGAAGACCUUCCCCAUGUGUACUUUGAAGAGUUUCCCCAACCGAAUCGAGCACACUAUCGCUUGGGCUCGGGAUCUUUUCCAGACUUACUUCGUUGGGCCACCGGAGGCUGUCAACUUGUACCUGUCUCAGCCUAACUACAUUGAGCAGACGCUCAAGCAGGCUGGCAAUGAGAAGCAGACCCUGGAGAACCUCCGUGAUUUCUUGGUUACAGACAAGCCAUUGACCUUCGAUGACUGCAUUAUGUGGGCUCGCCACCAGUUCGAGGCCCAAUACAACAAUGCAAUUCAGCAAUUGUUGUACAACUUCCCCAAAGACUCGAAGACAUCUACCGGUCAGCCUUUCUGGUCUGGUCCUAAGCGUGCGCCGACGCCUCUGAAGUUUGACAGCACGAACCCCACCCAUUUCGGCUUCGUCGUUGCGGCCGCGAACCUUCACGCCUUCAACUACGGCAUCAAGAAUCCCGGUGCGGACAAGGGAUACUACCGCAAGAUUGUGGAUAACAUGAUAAUUCCCGAAUUCACACCUAGUUCCAGCGUCAAGAUUCAGGCAGACGAAAACGAGCCCGAUCCGAAUGCUCAGCCCGCUGGACCCAGCGAUGACAACGACGAAAUCCAGAAACUCGUCAGCUCUCUUCCAUCGCCUAAGUCGCUUGCCGGCUUCCGCCUCACCCCAGUGGAAUUCGAAAAAGACGAUGAUACUAACCACCACAUCGACUUCAUUACGGCUGCUAGCAACCUCCGUGCGGAUAACUACGAAAUCCCUCAGGCGGACCGACACAAGACCAAGUUCAUCGCGGGUAAGAUCAUUCCUGCUAUUGCCACGGCCACUGCGCUCGUUACUGGAUUGGUCUCGCUGGAGAACUACAAGAUCAUCGAUGGCAAGGACGAUAUUGAGCAAUACAAGAACGGUUUUGUGAACAUUGCUCUUCCUUUCCUUGGCUUCAGUGAGCCCAUCGGCAGCCCCAAGGGCAAGUACAUGGGUAAGCAGGGUGAAGUGUCCAUUGACCAGAUCUGGGAUCGCUUUGAGGUCGACGAUAUCCCAUUGCAGGACUUCCUCAAGUACUUCUCCGAUCUGGGCUUGGAGGUGAGCAUGGUUAGCUCGGGUGUUAGCUUGCUCUACGCUAGCUUCUACCCUCCAGCGAAACUGAAAGACCGUCUUCCUUUGCCGAUGAGCAAGCUGGUGGAGACCAUCAGCAAGAAGCCAGUUCCCGAACACCAGAAGAACAUCAUCUUUGAGGUGACAGCUGAGGAUCAGAACGAGGAGGAUGUUGAGAUUCCGUAUGUGAUGGUGAAGCUGAGGAAGUAA